AUGGUUAAGAAAUUUCCAAAACUUAAAGUACUUCUGCUGUCUAUCUCAAUGAUUAUUGUACUAAGAAAUGUAAGAAGGCUGAGAAAGUCGUCAUUGAUUCCUGGUAGAUACCUACUGCUCAUUGCACAUCCUGAUGAUGAGUCUAUGUUUUUUGCCCCGUCUCUAUUAAACCUGAAAGGAAACAUUGAUAUCCUCUGCCUGUCUAACGGAAAUAAAGAGGGAAAGGGAAAAGAGAGAGAAGAAGAGCUUAGGAAAGUAGGAUACUACAUUGGAGCGAAUGUGACCAUAACGACUCUUUUUUCCGAUGGGAAAGACUGGGAUCCGCUAAAAGUUUAUCUAAGACUCCUAUGGGCAUACAUGUCAAGACCAUUUGACGUUCUGAUGACUUUUGAUGAGAGGGGUGUGUCUGGACACAAAAACCAUAUUUCUUGUUAUAAAGGUGCAACAUUGUUUCUGAGAGUACAUAAUGAUGUAAAAGGAGCAAUAUUAGAGUCUAAGAGCCUAUUUCGUAAAUACAUAGUUGAUACGGGGUUUUCCAAGGUUUCUAGUACGGUUCCCUUUAGGAUGUACAUGGCACCUGUCAAGAUGAUACUUUUUCAUAGAUCCCAAAUGAUAUGGUUCAGGUAUCUCUAUAUGCUAUUCUCCAACUUUAUGUCAUAUAACGAUUUUACCAUCAUAAACUAA